AGAGCGCAUAAGUCGGCGGUGUGGAGAGAGCGGGCGAACGAGCGAGCGAGCGGGCGAGCCGAGCCAGCGAGAGCGCGCGGUGGUGUGGUGUGGUGGAGAGUGAGUCUCCUCGCUCGUCGGUCGGUCGACGUAUCUCCCCAAUAGCAACACACACACUCACUCACUCACUCACUCUACACACACACGUACGGAAGGAAGGACGGAGGUACGUGGACGCGAGAGUGCGGAGUGUACGCCGCCGGAGGAAAAGGCUCACUGCCGGCUGGCCAGCCAAAGGAAAAAAUCAGCAGUGCGCGCGUUCGGUGUGCGAAUUCGGCGGCCGACUUAGCCAACCGACCGGCCGACCGAGGAGGAUGUUGAGUGCCCCUGGCUGUCCGCUCCCCAGCAGCACUCCCUCCUAACGUUUCACCCUGGAUCUACCGCCUCCGAGGGCGAGGCCGCCGACAUGCCUGCCGCCGAAGAGACCGCCCCCGAGCGGCCGCCACGGCCGCCGCCGCACCGCCGCCGCAGCAGGCUCAAGUGACAUUAUGUUGGUGCUGGUGGUGGCGGUCGGCGGCCUGCUGACGACGGCCUCAGCCCUCGCCUCGCCGCCAGCCCCUGCAUUUCCAAGACCACACAUCGACCUUUUCGAGGGCUUAUCAACGCACAAUUUGAGUGAUGCUAUCCCUGGUGUAAAUUUAGCCAUGGGACCUCAUAGCACUGGAACUGCAAUUAGUUUUGAGGGAACUGAUAGAAAGUUUCUUCUUCCCCAGUCGGUAUUCUCCAAAGUAGUAGACUUACUUAGUAGUAGUCCAGAAUUCACGUUGACACUGUCUUUGCAACAAAGAGAGGGCAACGUCGGCAGUAUUUUUUCCUUGUCAAAUGGCUCAAAUAGCUACUUGGAGCUGCAGUCGAGUGGCUACAAAAAUGAAGUGCGUUUACACUACACCCACGGGGGCAGGACUUUUGUAGAAUCGUUCCAAGUUCACUUAGCCGACGGUGUGUGGCACAGACUAGCCUUGUGGGUCAGCGGCGCCCAAGUUGAGUUAUUAGUGGACUGUAAACACCACUUCAAGCGAGUGCUGCACGCGUCGCCAGACAGAAAUUUUACCAACGUGUCCUCGCAGCAAAGUGAUAGUGAGUUCGGAGACCAACUCGCGUUAUGGCUGGGCCAGCGAUACGUCAAGCACUCACUUUUUAUGGGCAUCCUGCAAGAUGUACGCGUGGUGGCUGGUCCACAUGGGUACCUCAGUCAGUGCCCAAAAGUGGACUCUGUCUGCCCUACGUGCGGACAGUUUCAGCUAUUGCAAGCCACCGUCGAGGACCUCACGGCGCGUGUCAACCAACUUGUACAAAAACUGGAAGCCACAGAAGCGAGAAUAAGAGUGGUGGAGGAGUGUGAUUGUCAAAAGUCCUGUAGAGUAAACGGCUCAGUACAUUCUGAUGGUGCUACUUGGCAGAGAGACUGCGAUUUGUGUUCAUGUGUGAAAGGUGUUGUCCAGUGUCGUCCUGUGCAGUGUCCUGAAACGAAGUGUAAAAACCCAGUCAUUGCCCCUGGCGACUGCUGUCCUAGCUGUCUAAAGCAGUGCUACUUUAAGGGAGUUUUUUACGACCACGGCGAGCAGGUCAACAACGAGAAACAGUGCGUCGAGUGCAAGUGUGAGAACGGCGUGCUCAGGUGCACGAGGAUUGACCCGCGCACCAUGUGCCCUGAGCUGCAGUGCCCUCCUGAGCAGCAGUUCAGCGUGCCUGACAAGUGCUGCAAGUACUGUCCUGGGACGGAUUACUGCGCCAAAGGACACGUUUGCCAUCCAAAUGCCACUUGUCUCAACCUGCAAACCGAGUAUUCCUGCCAAUGUAACGCUGGCUUUCACGGCAAUGGCCGCGUCUGCAAAGACGUCGACGAGUGCAGGGAGAUCGGCGGGCGGCUGGGCCACUACUGCGGCCUCAACACGAUCUGCAGGAACUCGCAGGGCUCUUACAAAUGCGAGUGUCUUCCCGGCUACAAACGGGUGGACGCGUUUAACUGCCGCGAGCACAACGAGUGCAGUUCUGGGGACCACAAGUGCCACCCACACGCCACCUGCAUCAACACCGAGGGCAGCUACUCGUGCCACUGCAACCCUGGCUACGCCGGCGACGGUUUCGUCUGCCACCCCGUUUGCAACGAAACUUGCCAGAACGGGGGCGUUUGCGUGGCGCCGAACGCGUGCUCGUGCCGCCGCGGCUUCACGGGGCCGAGCUGCGAGCGGGACUUGGACGAGUGCGCCCUGGGGAUCGCGCAGUGCCACGAGGCGGCCACCUGCGUCAACCAGCCCGGCUGGUAUUACUGCACGUGCAAACCCGGAUACCGUAGUGCCUCUAGUAGUAAUGGUCCUGUGUGUAUAGAUGAAGAUGAGUGUGCGUCAGAGAAAGCAACCUGCCAUUCAACUGCAAAGUGCAUGAACACGGACGGCAGUUAUCAAUGUUCCUGUGAGGGUCGAGGGCCUGAAUGUUCAUUAAGUUGCAUUUUCAACGGGGUGGAGGUAGCGGACGGCGGCCAGGUGACCAGCAAGUGCGAGAAGUGCAAAUGCGAGGCCGGCCAAAUUGUGUGCCACCGACCUAAGUGCGACUGCUUCGACCCCAAAGUCAACCACGACUGCUGCCCUGAGUGCGACUUGGCCACCCAGUGUCAACACCAAGAGCUGCACAACGUCUACUUUCGCGCUGGAGAACAAUGGCUCUACAAAUGCCAGACCUGCGAGUGCCUCAGAGGAGAGAGCGGUGCUCAAAUUGACUGCUGGAAGAUGGACUGUCCACCGGUGCAGUGCGAGCACCCUGUGGUCACCUCGGAUGACUGUUGUCCGCGGUGCGAGGACGACCCGUGCACGCUGUACGAAGGCAACAGCUCGUCGCCCGGCCAGCCGUGCCCCUACGCGGGACACUACGUCGUCAGUGGCAGCGAGUGGCGCAUUGCUGGCGACAAUUGCACCUCGUGCCGGUGUAAAGUGCCGUACUGCGACCGUCUGGUGAGCAAUAGCGCGUUUUGUGUGCAUCGGAUGGACGGCUCUGCUGCAGUUAUGGCAACCAGUGCGUUGGUACUGCUAAUCUCGUGGACGACGGCCUCGAGCAGCAGCAGCAGCAGCAGCGCCCCGAGCCGCCCCCGGCCGUGUCACAGCAGCCCCCAGCACCGCAAGCACUGGCUGAUCCGAGCGGUCGGGGACCGGCGAACCCGCCGUCGGCGCCACCGCCGCUGCCGCUACCGCUCGGUAGCAGAUAAGCCGCAGCGGCAGACCCUCAGCAGGCCGCCGAUAUUUAUUAACAAUUGUACAUUAUUAGAAGGGGUGAAGCCUUCAUUCCAACAGACUGAUUAAUAUGUAAAAUGUAAUGUUAAAAUCGAGUACACUAUAUGCUAAACUGCGAAUUCUGAGAGGAAAGUCGCCGAGGUCCGCUUUCAGGGAGGGUGCCAUGCGCUUUGAAAGUUGAUUUAGUUUGUUAGGUUUUCGAGUAAUUUAAUGGCACCGUCCGUCGUGAAGAACGGAGGGAAAUUUGAAGAAAAACCAUCGAGAAAAUUAACAUUCCUCUCUUUCUCUUUCUGAUAAAUAGGAAGUUUUAAUCUCAUGAAUGAAUUGUUACUGUGCAGGUGUUGUCAAAAAUAAUACAAACACAAGGAAAUGCAAAAGAUUUCACUCUUACACACACACAUACAUACACAUACACACACAUAUACUAAAAGAACUCAAAUUUCGAGGCAUGGAGUUUUUUAAUGUAACCGCGCAACUUGGAAAAAUGAAUUUGGCGCGUGUCGAAGCAGUGAAUUUCGACAAAAAGCAGGCAGCUACUAGUCAAAUUUGUGAUUGGUCAAAUACUGACUUCCAACGCAAACACGUUUUGGAUCGUUCUGUUUUGUUUCCUCUGUAAUUUGAAAACUUUGGGUCGAAUUUCUGCUGAAUAUAAGUGGAAAACGCGUAGCUCUGGGCCUUCAAAUUUGUGUGUUAAAUUUGUCGAUUGCCUGAUAAAGAUGUCGCUCUAUGAAAAUCCAAAGUGUCUUCCUACUGAAAGGUACUAAACUAUGUGAGACAAAAAUCGAUAUCAAGAACUUGUUUUCGAACUAUAAAAUGUGCAUUCAAUCGCGAGAGCUGGGAGAAGCAAUUUUUCGAACAAAAAAAAUGGCGAUGUAACUCUAAGCUAAGCAUGCUCGUUCAAUUUCAAAAGAGAAGCUAAAAUACAACCUUUAUCCUUGACUGAAAACAUUAAAUUGAGCGUGAUGGAAUGAAUAUCAUCUCUGUCUGAUCGGCAAUAGAGAAGAAAAAGACUAAAUCUAUGAUUCUCAAAGUAGUCUUUCGUAUUUUGUUAAAUCCAAAGAAGUCAAUCUCAGUCUCUCGGUUUUGUUGCAAAAGAAACACUAACGUAGCGCGUGCGAACCACCGCAACAGCUGCCUAGAGAUUAGUAUUUUCAAAUAAAAUUACUCGAAAGUAAAAUUUUGAACACACAAUAGUGCAUAGUUGACAGACGUUCGCUGCAUAUCCAGAAAAUUAUCUAAUAGGGGUCAAUUACGAACAAACUUUCGCCUCUCGGUUUGGCAAAAUCUCGGUCGAGCACAAAUUUAAUGCGUCUGUGCAGCGCAAUAGUCGUGAUGCAUUUUAACAUAGCACUACCAUGCUUCAACUAAAAUCCCAUCUCAAGAAAAACACGAAUGAAAAUUCAGCUGUUAAAUAACGAACUUAAAUUAAAUAUAUGCUCCUUUCAUCAUCUAGUCCGUCAGAGCUGUUAUAGUCUCUGAUCUCAGCCGAAGCUAAGGAAAAUUUUCGGAUCACACGCAGACACAGACACUGAAAUGGAAAAAAAACACGAUGCAAAGCAAUGAACGUGCGCGUUGAGUUGGUUUUCUUCACAGGCCUAUUACUUAAGGAAACACCAUGUACGAAAAUCUGUCUGUAAAUAAUGUCGAUUCUUCUUUCAAAUCUGAAGAUUUGUAAAUAAUUAAGGGAAAUAUAAGCCAGACUUAAAUUAAAAAGAAAAUUAUAUAAUAAUGAUAUUGAAAAAAGAACAAAGUAGCAGAGGAUAAUUCCGGAAGUUACUUAAUCACGCAGGUUCAUUCAUUCUUGCUAAAGGAACGAAAUCCAAAUCCAUCGUUGUUGGAUCAAAACGGGAUACAAACUGGAAAAUGAAUGAACGCAUGGCAUCUCGUUGACAUAAUUUAGGUUUGUCUCCACGUUGGUUUGUCGCAAACGUUUAAUUCACGAGCAGAGAUGAUCUGCGGUUAUGUACGAUGCCGAUUUUCAAAUCACUAAAAAACACAGACACACGCGGACACGCAUCUUUUGGUAUUAACAGAUCUAAUAAUUAUCAUUGCCUUUGUUGUAAAAAGAAUGUGUGCCAAUUAUUAUUACUAUGAAUAAAAACGAAGGAUGAUAGAAGA